AUGAUGGGCCCACGGAGUGCUAACAGUAGGCACAAGAUUUACACAAUUAUUUUCUGGAAUUUUCCUUUUCUUUCCCACGUCGUUCGAGAUGAGCAGUUUCCCUUUCAUGGUAAUGGCUUCAAAUCUUCAUCAUAUAAGUCACGAUAAGGGCUUUCCAUGGUUGUAUAUUUUUGCUUUUGACAUUGAGAGACAAGAGUAUUCUUCAUCGUUCUGUUUACUCUUCAUUCCAGGUGGUUUUAAGCAUCAUAUGUGUAAUCACUCUUUUCCCGAGUAACGUGCCAUCACAUGAUCUCGGGAACGAACGAAGAUCCAACGAGACCAAGCCGAGCUUCAGGCAAAGUAGCCCCCUUCUACCCCGAUUCCACAAGCAUCGGAUAAAGAAUAACAAGCCAGCAGUUUACACCAAAGAAGCAUCACCCAUAACGUUAACCCAACGUCCAACGAACAGCAGGCGAAUUCGUCUUUUUGGCCGAAUAGGACUGUUUCUUCAUUGUAAUGCAAACGGAACAGUUUCUGGUUCUUUGAAUCGACACAGUUCAUAUGGUGAGUAUUUCAGGCUUUCUGAGUUUAUAAUCUGUUUUUUUUUUUUUUUAGUCUGGAUACAAUUGCAACGUGUAUUGCCAGUGUCUGACCGAUUAUUAAUGUACAUUUGUUUCAAUUAAGUCGAAAGAUUGUUUUUAUAAGUCAUUAACAGUGAGCAAAUUAAGUUCUAAUUUCCUCCCGCAUAAGUAUCCUUCCCAGCUGUGGGUUAGAGAACUGAGAAACAACAACGUCACAAUUUUUAAUGCGGAAUUUAACACGAAAACGCAUUACUGAUUCGUUAGUGCCGUUAGUUAUUCACUGAGUGGAAAUUCGCCUCAAAGACGCUUAGCUUGAGCUGCCAACCGAAGCUACCUGUACUGCGAUUUCCCGUACAAUUUUCCCGAAAACCCCUCUGUUUCUCAGAGAAAAAAAGUUGUGAAACUAUUUCGGUUAGAGCAUUCAUCUUUACUUUAAGGAAUGCACGAAUGUAUGGCGCAAAACUAUGAGCUCCUUGAAUCAAUUUAUUUUUUUUAAGGGAAAUCUUGAACCUUGUGAACAAUAUUGUUUGAUAUCAAUACCAAGGUCUCCAAACGAAUUUUAAGUAAUGGAAAUAAACGAUCGCCGUGGGACCAAUGAUUAAUAAAAAUUCUAGAAGUGUUCAUCAGCCACUGCCAAAUUCAUGACAACCUACACUGCGAUCUUAUUAUCUCAAACAAAGUCAUGACCAACAUGACUGUGCUAAACAUGAUAAGAAAAGGUGCCUACUCAUUCACACAAAGAAGCAGGAGUAGCAAAUAUAACGGCAUCGAACUCACACAGUUAAAUUCAAGUUCCCACUGCAAAAGCCGCUUUAUAAGAAAACCAAUUACCACACGCUACACGGAGGGAUGGAGACAUAUUUCAAUUAAUGUUUUAAUCACUAUUUUAAUGCACAAAUACAGAUCAUACCGGUUUUUCUCACGAAAUAGAAUGAUCUUUAUUUAGAACUGACCCAAAAGGCGCUCAAGAGAUCAAGGAAUGAAAAGUGGUCGUAAUCUCAAAUCUUACACGUCUUUAAACGGUUGUUUGUCAAUUCAAAAGAGCAAUAAUGAAUGAUAUAAACCCGUUUGAAUUUGCAUGGGGAGUUUUUGCUGUUCCCUUAAAGCCUUACAGGAGUCGCAUAGGACACGUGGCAAACAACGAACAAAGAGUGAAGGGGGAGGAGAGGGGAGGGAGUUUUUUUUUUCCUUUCAUUUCGCUCCAAUCUCGGCUUCACUCACGUAAAUCCCACUUGGGUAAACGGAAAUGGGAGCGACUGCUGUGCAGGCAAAUUAAGACAUCCGGUUUCAAGCCGAUUUUCUGUUUUGUUUUUCCCUGAUCCCCAGCGGUACUGCUGGUGGGAAUAAAUUAUAGCAAAUACCAAGGUCCUUUGAAAUCCCUUAACAAGAAAUUAAAAAUUAAAUUCAAAAUUUAAACGCUCUUUAAGCUAUUGACAACUUUGAGUUUGUCCUUUAUGUAGUUUGUUUUGUGCAUGAACUAGUUUACUAGAGCAGUAUGUUCUUUGGCUCAAUCUCGAGCAUGUAAUCGGGAUCCUCCUAUGUAGACUGAUACUCGAGUCAUCCGUGCCCUUCGGUUUUGCCAAACCUCCCCCUUAAUAGAAAGUGUCUACUUGAACGGAAAGUCGCUCGAUACUCGCAAGCGUUCGGCAAACUUCGUCGGUACAUCGUGUAAAAAGGACGGAAAAAUUUUAUUAAAAGGCAAAGUGUAUCAUGUAAGAUUCGAUUGGAGCUUAUCCUAGAGUUGCCAUUCUGAGCAGUGUGUUAGCCACUCCUGAUGUAUUUCAGCUUGUUCCACGCUACUGUCAAUGAUAAGAACGGAACUGCGACCGAUCGAUCUCCGCUGGUUUUCGCCCUUGCCCCUGCCCCUGCCCCUGCCCCCACACCCAACCCCGCCUUUUGGUCCGCCUCCUCCGAUCGAGAGCUAAGACUGGAUAUAGAUCGCGAAUGAAGCAAGAUUGAUUCCUUAGACUAAAACUGAAGUAUCUCUGUCUCGCAGUAAAAUUUGAGCUCCAGUCGUUUGGUCCAAGUGUUGUUCGAAUCCGAAGCAUUGGAACUGGGAAGUUCUUCGCAAUCAACUCUAAGGGAAUCCUGCAUACAAUCGUAAGUAGAGGAAGUUUAUUUUAUGUAAUAAGCUCAGUUAUGCAUGCAUUCUGAUUGGUUCUCACUUAUGAUCUAUUGGGAGGACAGACGUAUAGGUGACGUCAUCAUUUAAACUUUUUAAAUUCUUUAUUAUAUAAAACAAGCACAUCAGUGACACACUCGGCUACGCCUCGUGUGCCACUUUUUUGUUCUUACCACAUUUUAACGUCAUCUGUGAUCUAUUACUGAACAGACGCACGGCAAAUUGGAAUCUAUUUGUUAAAUGAGGCAUACCCAUACCAAAGCACAACACAGACGACGUCGUUUAUGAAACAAUACGAAAUUGUUGUUGUUAAUCUGUUUUCUAAUUUUUCCCCUUCUUCUCGUAUAUUUAAUUGUGUACGAUAAGCUGACUUACACACGCAUUUUGACCGGUUUUUGUUUAUGAUCUAUUGACGGUCAGAGUAUAGAUGAAGUCACUACAUUUUGAAGUCAUCUGCGAUCUUUUACUGAGCGGACGUACGGAAACACUUUCCAUUUACCAAAGUUACUCAUUUUUUUGUUUCAUGUUAUCCUCGUCCUCUGCCGCUUGACUACAAAUUGCUUAUUCUAUUUUUAUAGUAUUUUUUCAUUAGGUUUCAAUUCCUUUGAUGACCUUUUGGAACUCUCCAUAUCAAUUGUAGGUAUCUCCUUUUCUUUUGCAGGGAGAAGCAACAGACGAAUGUUUAUUCUAUCAAAACCACGAAGAGAACCUCUUUCUAUCGUUCGCCUCUUUUAAGUAUUACAUGAAAGAACAUUACGACAUGUUUAUCAGUAUAAAACGAAACGGAGAAGUAAAACAAGCUACUUCCACUCUUCCCGGACAGGACAGUAUUCAAUUCAUCGCCCUAAACAGCGACAGCUUGAGAUUGGCUCGACUCCACAAUUGA